UAAACGCAUGCCGACCGUUCCGGACACGCGGCUGUGGUGGAACAAGGUCCAGCCCAGACUAAGGCCGCCGUGGCAUGACGGCUCACUCGGUCAUCCCUAAACAACAGAACGGGGAGGGGGCGCCCGACCGCGCGCGUGGGACCUAGCCUCCAGCCUUUGGAGAACAGAGCGACUGUCUCGGCUACAGACAUUCAGCCGCCCAGGAUACCGGGCGGGGAUUCGGAAGUCGCGACACAAGGGCAGCCCCUCUCACACCCGGGUGACCUAAGUUUACUGCCCCCCACCCCCACCGUCGUAAGGGCAGUUGCUUUUGCACGGGUUGAAAACUUAAGGACCAGUCCGAUUAGCUAGCAAAGUCCCGAAGUUACUUUUUCAGGACAGGACGAGUGAAAGUGUGACGGAUCUUCCUUUCCCACAUCCUUCGGAUCUUAGUGUGUGUGUGUGUGGGGGGGGGCACGACACUACUCCCCUUCCAGGACCCCUCGCUCUCCCACCUCUAGUAGCCCCAGCCCUCCCCUACCAGAUGGUCUGUCCUCAUUGAGUAUCCACCAGGGAGGUCCUCCCAGUCGGAGGCAGAAUUUCGUCUCCCACUAAGCUUGCCAUACCCCAAAGACCAUUUGUGAGAGCGAGUCCCUUUCAAAUGUCUCCCUGUAGAAAAACUGAAAGUAGAAAAGAAAGGAAGCAAUUUCCGAGCAGAUGUCUGACCACCCCUACUCGCAUACUCGCAGCAUCGGGUUACAGGGUCCUAGGAGCCCCAACCCCGUUCUGCGGCCCCACGUGGGUGAACCCCCGGUGCUUUCACGCCAGCUUCCGAACUCCCCCAGGUCGCCCCAUACCCUGCACGACCAGGCCCCUGGAGUCAGGGAGGGCAGCGAAGAACAAUAAUAUAGGUAUAAAUAUUGAGCCGUGACAUUGACGCGCCCGGCGCCUCCCCUCCCCCGCGCUCCGGGCACACUCUGGGCUGCUCGGCACGCCCCCUCUCGUCCCGCGCGGCGUUCAUCCCCGAGGGGCCCCAGCAACCUCUCCCUCGCGAAGACUGCACGAGCCCUGCUGUGGAAGAAAAGUAACUUGGUUUUUCUCCGAGAAACCCGGCCCGAUUAGGCAACCAGGGCGAGUAGACGGGAGGAGGAGAGGAGCUGGUGGAACCCGGUGGAAGUCUCCUGGGCAGUCUGAUCACACUUUCUCCUUGUCCUCCGGUCUCCUCCUCCUAGGUGCAGAGAUUGUGAGCAGACUAUGUAAUCGCUGCGGAGGGGGAAGAGGAGGGAUCGGCGCUCUCCUGCAGCGGCGGCGCGGCGACUCGGCUAGGCGGAGUUUCGCAGCGGCUGCGCCCGGCUUGCACCCGCGGGCGAGGUCGGUCCGUCUAGCCCGGCGGCCGCGAGUCCGACUCUGGGCGUCCCCGAGGCGUGUAAGGCAGCGAGUGCACACCCCGGUUCCACUGUGCCGCGCCGGCAGCCUGCAGCCAGCAUGGAGAAGGACAGCCUGAGUCGCGCCGAUCAGCAGUAUGAGUGCGUGGCGGAGAUCGGCGAAGGCGCCUACGGGAAGGUGUUCAAGGCCCGGGACCUGAAGAACGGCGGCCGCUUCGUGGCUCUGAAGCGCGUGCGAGUGCAGACCAGUGAGGAGGGCAUGCCGCUCUCCACCAUCCGCGAGGUGGCGGUGCUGAGGCACCUGGAGACCUUCGAGCACCCCAACGUGGUCAGGUUGUUUGAUGUGUGCACAGUGUCACGGACAGACAGAGAAACCAAGCUUACACUAGUGUUUGAGCAUGUUGAUCAAGACUUGACCACUUACUUGGAUAAAGUUCCAGAGCCUGGCGUACCCACAGAAACUAUAAAGGAUAUGAUGUUUCAGCUUCUCCAAGGUCUGGACUUUCUUCAUUCUCACAGAGUAGUGCAUCGCGAUCUGAAACCGCAGAACAUUCUGGUGACCAGCAGUGGACAGAUAAAGCUGGCUGACUUUGGCCUUGCCCGCAUCUAUAGUUUUCAGAUGGCCCUUACCUCAGUGGUCGUCACGCUGUGGUACCGAGCCCCAGAAGUCCUGCUCCAGUCCAGCUAUGCCACCCCUGUGGACCUCUGGAGUGUCGGUUGCAUCUUUGCAGAAAUGUUUCGCAGAAAGCCUCUUUUUCGUGGAAGUUCAGACGUGGAUCAACUAGGGAAAAUCUUGGAUGUCAUUGGACUCCCAGGAGAGGAAGACUGGCCUAGGGACGUGGCCCUUCCCCGGCAGGCUUUUCAUUCCAAAUCUGCCCAACCCAUCGAGAAGUUUGUGACAGAUAUUGACGAACUAGGCAAAGACCUACUUUUGAAAUGUCUGAUGUUUAAUCCAGCUAAAAGGAUAUCCGCCUACGGCGCCCUGAAUCACCCGUACUUCCAAGAUCUGGAGAGAUACAAGGACAACCUGCACUCUCACCAGCCAUCCAACCAGAGCACCUCGGAGCUGAACACAGCCUGAGGUUCCUCGGGGAUGCCCAUGAGCUCGUCGUCUGAACACAUUGGCGGCUGCGAGUCCCCUAAGCAAGCCUCUCAGAGCAGUCGAAGAUUGCUGGCUGCCAACCUUCUGGCUGCCAGCUUCUGGGUGGGCUCUGCCUUACCAAGGAAACCACCUAGUUUACUGUUCAGAGAUCAAUGCAAGAGUGAUUGCAGCUUUAUGUUCGUUUGUACACUUGUUUGUUUUAUCUGUUUGUUUCAAGAACCUGGAAAACUUCCAGAAGAAGAGAAGCUGCUGACCAAUUGUGCUGCCAUUUCGUUUUCUAACCUUGAAUGCUGCCAGUGUAGGGUGGGAAUCCAGGCCCAGCUGAGUUAUGAUGUAAUCCGCCUGCAGCUGCUGGGCCUGCUUUGGUACUUGUGAGUGUGUGUGCAUGCGUAUGUGUGUGUAAGAGAGAGGAGGAGGGGAGAGAAAGACCCCUGAUCUCGUCAAGUGUUUUUGUUUUUUGGGUUUUUUUUUUUUUUUUUGUAGAAAACAAGAAUAAUUGAAUUUUAAAGAGUAGAGGUGACUGAUAGUAAGAAGGGCUUGUUCAGUGAGAGGUGACUCACAAUGGAGUCUUGUCCAGUUAGCAACGUUGAACCUAAGUCCUCAGAUUUACCUUUCUGUCCAAAAGCUUUCGCUAGCAGUAAACAAUAAAGGUUUAGAUGCCACAAAAAAAUGGGGGGAACCCCAAUAUUUUUAAGAGACUUUUUAAGGCAUACAUCUUCUAUUUACUCUUUGGAAAGCUGAACUUAAUGUGUCCCAGGCCCUAUAUAUAGUAUAGUAUGUACUUAAUUGUUUCUUUGGGGAAAGAUGCUAUAAGUAUCUUAUUACUUGCAAUAGAUUUAAGGAGUGAGUGUACCUCAGAUAGGUUUUAAAGAUAGAGAGCACCUAUGUUUUCUGGUGUGAGAUGUUAUCAUUUCCUUCACGUCUCUUGAUACCUUGUUCUUUGUCUUAGGGAAUCACUUCCUGCUCUGACUAGAGGCGGGAAUACCAUCUAGCUGUCUCCACCUCCCACCAUGGCGCAUCUGCCUCGUGCUGCCUUGUGUAGUGCCAACCUCUCAACCACCAGCACUUCUAAUUCAUUUUCCUGCCACUGCCUGGCUAACGACAGAUGGCCCAGCUGCCCCAAUCCCACACGGAAGCUUGCACGCUUCUGUCUUUCACCGAAAGCUUUGGGCAUACGGCUCCCAUUCCGCAACCCUAACAGUAUCCCCUGUGCCUUCUUAGUACAGUCUUCCCCCUGCCGCAGCUGAGGUCACCUAGGCAGUGUAGCGUGCUUGUUCUGCGUGUGACCAGUAUAUAGACUACUACCGACUGUCACUUGGUGGUUCCUAUCUUUAAAGUGUAUGUUGUCAGUGUAUGUUGUCAGUGUAAUGUAAGUGUAUGUUGUCAGUGUAAUGUCUGAGGAAAUGUCUUUUCCUNUCUUCUAGAGAUAACUAUUGACUGUCUAAAGUGAUCUCUCUGUCUGUUCCGCAGGAUGUGUUUCUGGGUUUUUGUUUUUGUUUUGUUUUGUUUUCUGAGGCCUCAUGUCAGCCCUGCUUUCUGCAGAGCCAGCCUACCCUGGGCAUUAUAAACAACUGUACCUUACUGUUUUCUUUCAGUCCUUUAUAUUCUGUGCCACUUUGCCUUAUUAUCUGUGGCUUAGUGCUAAGCAGCACUACUCCAUAGAAGGUGUAGAAGAAUAGCUGAGUUUUGAAUCGUGUUUGAGCACAUUUAAGUAAAAGCUAGAUGGUGCUUCACUGUAGAGCUUUGAAAGACUGCCUGAUGUUUCGCACGGCAGUGUAACCUCCAGAUGGUGUUUGUAUGUUAUGGAGCCCUACUGUGUUUCUCGUAGCUGAACAAUGCAUGUGGUUAUUUGUUUGUUUGUUUGUUUUUUGGUUUUUCGGGACAGGGUUUCUCUGUGUAGCCCUGGCUGUCCUGGAACUCACUCUGUAGACCAGGCUGGCCUCGAACUCAGCAAUCCGCCUGCCCCUGCCUCCCGGGUGCUGGGACUAAAGGCGUGGCCGCCACGCCCGGCUGUGCAUGUGGUUAUUUGUAUGGAGAAGAAUUAGAUGUCUGUCCUGCAAGCUUUGGAGGUUGGGAAUCAUCUUCUUUUUUUUUUUUUAUUUUUAUUUUUAACAUUACAUUACAUUCUUCUGAUUCAGUAUCACAAGAAAAGAUUUUUCUUUUUUCAAAAACAAAACUUUAAGAAGCCAGAGGCUAGGCUGUGGAAAUGUUCUGCACUCGUCCUUAGAGCUCUGCUGCCAACACUGCCAGCCCUCGAGACAGAGUCAGCCUGGAACCUCUGGGACAAGGGCUACACGAGCUCUCACCUGGACAGCGAGUUCUGCCUUGUCAUUGAACAAGGUCCAAAAUACAGACAUGUUUGCUAGGGCCUAGAAAUCGACCAUAAAACUCACUGCAUUGAGACCUAAUCCAUUCUAUAUUAACAUCCAUGUGAUAAAGUGAAAAUAAUUUUGAGGGUUUUGCUUUCGAAAAAAAAAAAAAAGGAAGGAAGGAAGAAAAAGAAAAGAAAAAAGAAAAAGAAAGGGUUGUUUUCCUUAGAUUUGCUCAAGAAAAAUACAGCUAUCCUAAACUGGAACCUUCCCAUAUUCUUUAGAGUUUUAAGUAUAGAGUUUAACUUCACUUUUGUCUGCUAUCUUGGGCUUAUUUCUAAGUAGUUUUGGUGAGUGGGGUAGUGGGAGGUUAAUUUUGGGGUCUUUUUUUUUUGGCUUUGUGUGUGUGUGUGUCUGUGUGUGUUUAUGUGUGUGCUUAUGUGUUUGGCUUUUGGGUUUGGUUGGUUAGUUGUUUAGUUUGUUUGUUGUUGUUGUUGUUUAUUUUGCUUUUUCUAGACAGGGUUUCUCUGUAUAGCCCUGGCUGUCCUGGAACUUGCUCUGUAGACCAGGCUAGCCUCAAACUCAGAGAUCCACUUGCCUCUGUCUCGAGUGUGCUUGAACUAAAGGCAUGAGCUACCCCCUCAGCCCACUCCCAACUUUGAGUAAUAUUUUUAAAUCAUACACAUGUUGGUAUUAGAAACAUGGCAUAUUGUAGUAGAUGGUACAGAAAGUGCACUGCAGCCUUUCUGGACGUCAUAUGUCUGCCCCAGCUCUUCAUUCACAUAGGUGCUCUCUUGAUAUGUCUUUACAUCAGACUCACACCUCUGAAACCCAGUUUUCACACAAGAGACUUGCCGUUGGGGUCUUUAGUAGCCCAAGGAAACAUAGAGUAAACUGAAGAGCUUACUGUGUGCAGCUUAUCCUUAUAUGGCCUCAUCCAGUCACAGGUCUUUGUCAGAAUCUAACCAUUGAUUCACUGAGGAGACCCUACUGCCCUGUGGUUCCACUGAAGCAGCUUUUAGUGAGAAUAGGGCAAGAAUAUACCGAAUAGCUUCUGUUCAAGGUUUGGUUCCAGGGACUCUAACAUUUACAGGACUGGCUGGAGUUACAACAACCUCUUAAAGAGGGUGGGGCGGGUUCUCCAGUUAGACCCCCUAACCUCACAGGUGAGGAGUCCUAACCUGCCAGCCUUAGAAACACAAUUGCCGAGUACCUGAGAGCACCCAGUGGCCCGCUGCCUCCUACUCAGCCCCUCUUUAAAGAAGACAGAUGGUUAAGCCAUGGAGAAGCUGUUUGGGUAGUGCGGGGCCAUUUCUGCCCCCAGCUUGUCAUGAUUUUUCUCUCAGGACCCACUCUCUGACCAAUAGACUUGAAUUUAGCCCCAAGUGAUUUACUAAACUCAGCUCAGAAGCUCACUUAAAAAUAGGACCUCCACGUGGUCGUGCUAAGUAAAAAUGAAGACCCCAGGUUGCACAGGGUGCUGCUAUCUCAAAGACAAUACUUUCCUUUGAAUAGAAAGCUGUGCCGUCAACCCUGCAAUGGGGUGCUAGCCAACUUGUUUGAGAAAGUCAGGAGCAAGCAUUUUGAAUUUUAAAGAAUGUCCUGAACUUGUCUUAAGUAACCAUAGCUGCUUUAUUAAAAGCUGUGACUAUAAAGCCAGUCACAGCCAUCGUCACUAAAUCAUGUCAACCUUCAAACAUCACAGUUGUUUCAAUCUUCUGUCCAAAGAACUCCUCUUCUGGAGAAAACCUGAAUUUGGUUUUGGCUUUUUGUCUUGUCUUGUUUUGUUUUUCCUGAUAUGGGGUGUCUCUGUGAAGCCCUGGCUAUCCUGGACCAGGUUGGCCUCGAACUCAUGUAGAUCUGCCUGCUAGGACUAAAGACAUGCACCACCAUGACAGCUGACUAUUUUUUAUGAUGAGCACAGAAGUGGCUCACAUUUUCUUAAAGCACACUUUUGUCACAUAGUAGAGUCUAGGAAAGAAUAACAUUGAAAGUCCCCACCCCAGUGUGACACUUGUGUAAGCACAUAUGGAUAGCCAUCGGAAGAAUACAUGCUUGCUUGUAACAUGAAAUUAAAGACAUUGUAUAAUUUCUUAAUCUUUAAACAUUACAAAAAAGUGGCAACAGUAUGUUUAAGGUUAUUUUAAAUUUUACAUAAAUUCUUAACCAUAUUUGUUUGCCUUUAAGUAUACUCUAAGAAUUAUAAUUAAGUAUAAUUAUGUCAUCCCACACAUUCACCACUUAUGGACUAGGUAUGUCAAAAUACACAAAUUCUGUAUUCCUUGUUUCAUAGGAAGAAAGCAGCCAUCUGAAACUCUACUCACAUAUAUGCUCUAGGCAUAUAUAUACAUACAUAUAUAUGUAUAUAUAUGCCUAAGAAUAUCUAUAAAAAAUUAAAGUUUAAAAGGCCUUUGCCUCUCCUGCAGCUGAGAAUAGACAACUUAUAAGCCUUAUCCAAAAACCAUGAUAAAGGGGUCAUGUGCAUCCUUACAAAAACCCCUUAUCCUGUGCGUACUUAUAUCCAAGUACAUCCUAAGGAAGGUGUCCGUGCAUUCAUCCGCCACGGUGGGGAAGCUGCCUGGUGCACGGUGUGAGUCCUGGAAUGAUUAGUGAUGGUGGUCCCUCAAUGAGGACACCUUCGUCCCCACCAGUUUCCUUCCUAUGGACAGACUCAGUCCAGUUAUACAGGCCAGGAGGGGCUGGUGCCCACAGCCUCCUGCCUCUGCAAGGUAGGGUUGCGUAUCUCAAACAUCUCUAACUCAGUUUCAGCUUUGUUGUUCUUGUUUAAGGAAAUAAGCCAAUAAGCCAAAACUAUUUUUGUUGUUGUUCUCUUGUCUUCUGAAAGAGAAGGGAUGGAUUUUAAAUGUUUCUCUCAAUUUGAUCUUUCAAAUUUUUCUAAUGAAGUACCAAAUUGC